GCCUGCUCGCGUGGGAGAAUACACUACAAAAUAUAGAGAGAUAUUUGAGGAGAAAAACGCAGAGAAAAGAGGGAGUUAUGAAAUUGAUUCUUUCUGUAGGAAACAACGAGAGGCGUGUUAAGAUUGUUGCGAGCUAAUGGAAAAAUCCGCGAUUCAGCCAAAUCGCAGUGUUCCUCGCGCCUUUCUCUGCGGCUUCUACUGCUGGGGUUGGGAGUUCCUCACCUCUCUCUUGCUCUUCAAUUAUUAGUCUGAGAUUAUUCGAAAUUCCUACUUUUUUUUUGUGAUUUUAGUAUCUGGGUGUUUGUUGAUUCGUCGAAUCGAUUCUGGGUUUUCACAAAGUUGUGAUCUUUUCGUUGAAUUGAUAUUGGGUUAGUGGAAAGUUGUGCUCUUUUUGUUGGUUGGUUUGGUGAUCGGGGGGUUUCUGAGGGAAACAUACAUGGCGGCGGCGGUGCAGCGGUCGGUUCCUGCGCCAUUUCUGGUGAAGACGUACCAACUGGUGGAUGAUCCGACCACCGACGAUGUUGUCUCUUGGAACGAAGAUGGCUCGGCCUUCGUCGUCUGGAAGACAGCCGACUUUUCUCGCGAUUUGCUUCCCCGUUUCUUCAAGCACAACAAUUUCUCCAGCUUUGUUCGUCAACUCAACACUUACGGGUUCCGGAAGGUUGUUCCUGAUAAAUGGGAGUUCGCCAACGAGAAUUUCCGGCGAGGGCAGAAGGAGCUUCUCUCUGAGAUCCGUCGCCGAAAGCCGGCGGCUCCUAUGAGUUCCACCGCCGUGAAUUCUGCAGGAGCCGGCGCGGGGCUAUCUUCGCAAUCGAACUCCGGCGACGAACUGGGUUCAACGUCGACUUCGUUCCCCGAUCCGAAUAACCCCGCCUCUGUAACGACACAAUUCGCUGAACUUUCUGGCGAAAACGAGAAGCUCCGGCGAAGCAACGAGAUUCUGAGCUCGGAGCUCGCGUCGGCGAAGAAGCAGUGCGAGGAGUUGGUGGCGUUCUUGUCGGAGUUUCUGAAAGUGGGGAGGGACCAGAUCGAUCAGAUCAUACAGCGGAGAAGCAUCGGGAUUGUUGCCGGCGAUGGAUUCGACGGUGGUCGUGGCGUCGGCAAUGAAGAUGAAGAAAAAGUCAGCGACAAUGGCGAGGGUUUAGGUGGUGAUGUGAAAAUAUUCGGGGUUCGUUUGAAAUGUGAGAAGAAAAAGAGGGCCCGUGACGAAAGCAUCCGGGGUCCUGCACGCGCGUUGAAAAUUCACGCGCCGAUGUUGAAGAGUAAUCGAGUUUGUAACUAAGCUGACUGACCAAUCGUCAGUCGACACGUAGCCCAGGUAACGACAUUCGAUCCGGUGCAUGGUAAGCGAAAUGCGCGCGCGUACAGAAAAUGUUUCUCCGCUUGCGGGUGAAAAGUCCUUUGGACGACUGGCCGAGGGCUAAGAUUAGAUUUCGUAAAAUGUAAUUAAUGUAAUAAGAUUGGGUGGAAUUUGGAUUAGGUGAGAGG